UCUGUUUGUCUGUACACUUUGGUUCUCUAACUUCUUUUCCUCUGUUUUCUUCACGUUACCUCACUUUAGUCUUUUCCUUUUUGCAUUUAUCUUUUCUCUCCUUUUGUUCAUCUUCCACUGUUACACUUGUUCUAUUUUUUUAUUUUUUAUGGGAAGAAAAGACCAGAAAAAUACAUCAGUUCAGGGUGAAGUGUAUAUAAGUGUACCUGUGAAGUAGCUAAGUGUGUUGUGAAGUAUAGAAGUGUUGAGAAGGAUCGAGGACCUAAUUAACAAAGCGGAACAGGUCAAAAGAAAAAGACGAAGAAGGAGAAGAGGUUUUGAGUUGUAAAAGUGUCCCGUUGUAAUGGCGGAAGUAAUCGUUUGUUUGUAAACACUAAAUUCUCGACAUGGCCGGCCUGGUGGCGGACUACAGUUCGUCCUCAGAGGGGGAGAGUGAACUGGAGCUUGCCAAGGAAAUAAGUACAAGAAUUGCUGACCAGAAGACUGUUAAUUACUUUGAGUCACCUGGGAAAAAAGACACUAAAAAGGUGAAGAAAAAUGAAUCUAAAAAGCAGGAGGUUCUGGCCAACCCCUUGCGCAAGAGUGCCAUUCCCUCGCCCUUUGAAAGUGACUCCUCGGCCUCCGUCUUCUUCAACCCGUUUCACAAGGCCCAGGAGGACAAAAAGACUGUCCUGGAGAAACACGUGAAAAUGACAGAAAAUCCAAAAGAUGUGUUGGAAAUUAAUGGGAAGAAAAUAUGCUGGAACUACAGAAAAGGACGUUGCAAGUUUGGACACAAUUGUAAAUAUGCACACGAUUCUGACAUCAGUAAGCCGUCAGACUCCAAAGACAUGCAGAACGCCACAGGGACAGUGCUGCACGGGGACACGCUGGCCACUCAGGUCCCGGUGACUGAUGCUGUUAUUGACGAGCUCUCCACCAAAAAGAAAAAACGCCCCGGCCUCUCCGACGGAAUAGUUCCUAGUAAAAAAGUACAAAAGUUUCAUCGAAAACAGCAGUCUAAAGAAACUCCGUGGCUCCUGAAAAGAUAAAUUUAAUAUUUCUGGACUGACUGCAUAUCUGAAUGAAAGUUGUUGGCAGGUACAGGUAGUAAAUUGUGUUAGAUUCUUUAUUUUUGUAAAGCAAACAGGAGUACACCUGAAAAUGUUUGCACUGAUCAUUACAGAAAAUCUGUAGUUGAAGCAAACAUGGAAAAAAUAAUUUCCAAUGUGGAUUCACUGAUGCAAAACAGAUUAAUUUGUCAAAGGUUUUGUCUUGUAUGCUUACACCAAUGUCUACACACUUCUGGAUAAAUAGAUCACCAGUAUAUAGCAAGCAAAGUGAAAAUAUUUGAGAAGCUUGUAAUGUGAGGAAAGUGUGUUAUUUAUAAGAUGUGAAGCCAAAGAAUACUAAUUUUCUUUUUUACAUCAUCCUACUACUUAACAAGCCAGUCAUUCAGCAUCAGAUGUGAUGCUGAUGGUUUCUGCAGCCAUGUAGCUUUCUUCAUAAGUGCACAAUGGACCAUGGUGGCCAUUUUUACCUUGCCUUGCAUCAACAGGGAGUGUAAACUGGUUGGUCAGCAAGGUGUAACAACUGCAGUUAGUUGAUUAUUCAAUGCUAUACUCAGGCCUGUGUCCCAGGGUAAGCAAUUCAUAUCACCCACAGGCUCAGAGUCUGAGCUGAGGCCACAGACAAUGUGCAGCAUUGCAUAUACCUCACAUUACCUUUUCUGUUUGGUUACCAGCAAUCAACUAUGUUGGAAACCAAAGCAGAAAUCAGGUUUGUUGUGAGUUGUGACUACUCCCAGACACCCCAUUAACUGUUGUGGUCACCUGCAUGACUCACCCUCACAAGAUCUUAUUAGAUCAUAAGCCUUUGCAGUUCACGUAUGUAACACAAAACAUGCCGGUACAAGAAUAUGAAAUUGAUUGCAGAAAGUACUUGUCAACAGAUGAGUUUAGUUUACCCAGCACAGAGCAAUUUAUCGUUGCUUUGGGAUAUAGCAUCCUGCUGUUGUCAUUGAAAUGAAUUUGUAUUCACACAGGACAUGUUUAGUUAUCUGCACUUUUUUAUGUAAAACAAAAUCUAGAGAGCAGUGAACAAAGUGAGUGAAGGAAAGGGAUCACACGAAGAAGGUUUGGAUCAUUCUGAUCCAGUGCAUGAAGUACAGUCUUGAGCUACCAAACUAUGCAUCAUCUUCCUCAAAAAUAUGCAACUCAUUUAUUAUAUAUUUAAAUUUUAUUAUAACUUAUACGUAUAUAGCUUUGAAAUUACUAAUAAAGGUAAAUUGGAAUGCAUUGAGCUACAGCAUCAAAAAAGCUUUACUCCUACAUCGUACAUGAACUUUGAGGUGCAGUGUGCCGAGUCACGUCACAUACCCGUUACUAGUUUUUAUGUUUAGUGUAAUAAGAUAAGAUAAGCAUCCAUUUGGUUCCCAGGCACAUAUGACCUUAACUUUUUUUUAUUUUUUCAUUGUGGAGGAUAAGUGUAAAUAUAACCAAAUUUUUCCCAUAGGAAGUAAGAGAAGGAGAUCACUUGUUACAGUUUUAAGAUAACCUUGAAAAUGUGAAAAGUGUUAAGUCAUGGAGAGCAGCAAAGGAGAUGAGGUGACAUAUAGCUUUAGAUUUUGUGCUGUACUGGAAAAUAUUGAAUCUUCUUAUAUACAAGUAUGAAUUAUUUUGAUGUCCGUUACGUGCAUAUAUUAUAAUGUUAUGUAAGCCUCUGACCACUAUUCUCAAACUGGGCUCAAUCCAUCACUAUCACAGCCUGCCAAGCCUGCCAGCAUUACAACACCUUAGAGAGUAACACUUCCUUCUUUCUACAAACUUAUACUCACCAAUUUGCUUCACGAAUCUUAUUAUAACCUACAGUUCUCUUUCCCGUGAUACCAUAUCAUUUUCCAACACCACAGUUUCUUAGAGAGUGACCUGUUCCUCCCACAACUCAACUCACACAACUCAAGCCGGCGGUGAAAAUCUAGAGUUUUCUUUCAUCCGAGUACUUUUUGUGUAAUAUUUAUGGUUUUAUUUAAUAUUGUUUUUGUAUACCCUGGAUAUUGAACCUUUCUAGAUGUAAGGCUUAAGUCAUAUGGAUAAGACCUUCUCACCAGUCAUUUGCCUUUCUCUUUUCUCUGAUCUUUCCCUCGUCUAAGGCAACAUCUCAUAAUUCAUCAACCAUAGUUACCUACGUAAUUACAUCAAUCAGUUAUUUCACAUUGCAUCCCUCUCUGUUCUUUCUCUGUCCCUCUGUUUUUCUCUGUCUCUGUUGUCUCUGUUUUACUCUGUCUCUGUUAAUUUUUCUCUGCCUUCUCUGUCUCUGUUCUCUCUCUGUUCCUUCUGUCUCUGCUUCUGUUUUGCUGUCUUUUCUUUUUUUCUCUGCCUUCUCUGUCUCUGUGUUCUCUCCCUGUUCUUUCUCUGUUUUUCUUUGUCUUUCUGUUCUUUGUUUAUCUGCCUUUUCUCUUGUAAUUUUGUAUCACAGCAACUAUAACUACAUAACUUCAUCUAUCAUUUAUUCCAUAUCACGUCCCUUGCCACAUCACUCGCAUAUUGUAUUUCCCAUGCAUGAAUUUUGAAUGUUUUGAAGAUCAUUACUUUUCAUUUGGUGUUUACUCGUCAACAUGUUUUAUAUUACGAAAAAAGAAGUUAUGAAUUAAUUAUUACGUACAGUGUUUCUUUUUUUGUAUUGAAUGUAACAAACGUAUCUAUCAUGAUUCCCCGUGACACCCAAGAAAUUUAUGAUUAUAUAAAUGGAAAGGAAUUAUUGAGAAGACAUCUAUAUCAGAACACAAAGGACACAUUGACAUAGAGAGCACGUUGACCAUCUUAUGACCUUGAUAAAACUGAUGAACUUUGACACAGUGCAAUUUACGUAUUUCUGAUGGUAAAUUGUGCAAAGCCUCAAAAAUCCUGUUCAAUUAAAAAUGCGCAUGUCGAAA